GAAGUAAUGGUCAAAAAACAACAACAUGCAUUUUUUCCCCAUAUACAAAUGUCAUACAUGAUCUCUUACUACUAUUCACAAAGGACAGUUCAGAAGCUAAGUGAGUUCUCUGCUACUGGAAAUGGCUUCUUUUUCCACCAGCUCUACUUAUUGUCUCAGCAAGAAUGUUGUGUUUUUAUCUGAUUUCUCUCCACUAAAUCAGUUUCCCACUCAAAGUCCCAGGAGAAGAUUUUCCAAGAAAAUUGUUUCUAUGAUCACACAACCAAGUUCAAGAAUGCCUGCCACCACUGGCUCAGUGAAGAGUUGGAUGACUAUGACUGAGAAGUUGCUGGCUAGGACUUCUGAGAAGCUUCAUGUGGUUCCAGGUGAGAAUUUGUGGGUCAAUGUCGAUGUUUUGAUGACAAAUGAUAUUACUGGGCCUGGUGCUAUUGGAGUAUUUAAAAGAGAAUUUGGAGAAAAUGCCAAGGUCUGGGAUCGUGAAAAGGUAGUUGUCAUACCCGAUCACUACAUUUUCACAGCUGAUGAACGAGCAAAUCGUAAUGUGGAUACACUGAGGGACUUCUGCAAUGAGCAAAAUAUUAAGUACUAUUAUGACAUUAAAGACCUCGGAAACUUCCAGGCUAAUCCAGAUUACAAAGGAGUGUGCCACAUUGCUCUUGCCCAAGAAGGUCACUGCAGACCAGGAGAGGUUUUGGUAGGUACAGACUCUCAUACAUGUACUGCAGGAGCAUUCGGUCAAUUUGCAUCUGGAAUCGGAAAUACUGAUGCUGGUUUUGUUCUGGGUACUGGAAAGAUUUUGCUCAAGGUUCCUCCAACUAUCAGAUUUGUAUUGGAUGGUGAAAUUCCGAAUUACAUACUAGCUAAGGAUUUGAUUUUGCAAGUUAUUGGUGAAAUUUCUGUAGCUGGUGCAACAUACAAAACAAUGGAAUUUGUCGGUACUGCUGUUGAAAGUUUAACAAUGGAAGAGAGAAUGACAUUAUGCAAUAUGGUUAUCGAAGCUGGUGGAAAGAAUGGUGUUAUUCCUGCUGAUAAAACAACAUAUGACUACCUUAAGGACAAGACUACUGUGCAUUAUGAACCUGUCUACAGUGAUGAGCAAGCCAGGUUUCUUGCUAAGUAUCAUUUCGACAUCUCAAAGUUGGAGCCCUUAGUAGCAAAGCCUCAUUCUCCUGGCAAUCGUGCUUUGGCAAGAGAAUGCGAAGAUGUUAAGAUUGACAGAGUAUAUAUUGGAUCUUGUACCGGUGGGAAAACAGAAGACUUCAUGGCUGCUGCCAAAGUUUUUCUAGCAUCAGGAAAGAAGGUCAAAGUUCCAACAUUUCUCGUCCCUGCUACGCAGAAGGUCUGGAUGGAUUUAUAUACUAUCCCAGUUCCAGAAUCUGGUGGCAAAACAUGUUCACAGAUUUUCGAGGAUGCUGGCUGCGAUACACCAGCAAGUCCUAGUUGUGGUGCUUGUAUGGGUGGUCCUAGAGAUACUCAUGCUCGGUUGAACGAACCUCAGGUAUGUGUCUCAACCACAAACAGGAACUUCCCGGGGCGAAUGGGCCACAAGGAAGGUCAAAUUUAUCUUGCAUCUCCAUAUACAGCUGCAGCAUCUGCAUUAACUGGCCAUGUUACUGAUCCUCGAGAUUUUCUGCAGUAAACGCGUUAUUGUUCAUGUUAAAACGCGAUAAAGCUUGAACUUUUGCUUGUAAUGUACACCAGAAGAUGUUUGUGUUUCUGAUUUCAGUGACAAAAUGCAGUUUUGUCAAGUACUCUUAGCUGUAGUUACUUAUAUUUGCUUGUGGAAUGUGUCAAAGACGAGCUGAAUUUUGUAAAAUCGUCUCAUUUAAAAGAUUAAUAUCUCGAUAUAACUUCUC